AUCAAGGACAUCGUCUGGAGAAUCUGAUCAUGACAGAAACAUCGAAAAAUUUGAAAUGCGUCAGGACGAUCGAAUAAAAUUACGUAUCUUCGAGGGCCAGACUACCAAUCGAAAUGAUUUUCGACGGCUAAAUUUGGAAAAAGAUGUAGAAGGAAUCAAAAGACCAGAGCAAGAGAGAAUCGAAACGAUCGAACGAUGCAAUAAACGCGUCUUCAGAAGCAUAUACCAGCAAGAAUGUCAUGAAUCCUUUACCAAAUACAAGAAGGACGUGUACGUACCUUUCGAUCUGUUAUGGAAGCACCAGAGGAUCGGUAGGAAGAAUGUUAACAUUGCGUUGAAUACGGGAGAACCGAGGGAUGACUUCAAAGAGGAGGCAAUCAAGAGCAGACCGAGACUUUAUAUAUCUCCGGCGUUCAGCGUCGACGAUGUUCCUGACAAGAAGAUGCGCGACCUGCUGAUUGCCUUCAUGUACACGACGGACUUCCGGAAAGCGGAAAUGGAGGCGACGGGUCAUAAGUGUAACGUGCGCGCCGGGUUGCCCAUAGGUCAAUUCCAAAGGGAGGUGCCCUUGACGUAUCCCCCCGUUCCUCAUGAGUGGACCAAAGGUUACUCUGAAUGGGACAGGAAGCAGCGCAGGGCCUGUGUCGAUCCUACCGAAAAAUUCUGGGAGACCAAAGAUCCUCCGGUCAUUUGUGGUGCUUGCGUUGAUCGCGUUAAGGGCAUCGUACCGACGGAGGUUCGGGACGAGAUUGCGUCGGCGAUCAGCGAUAACAAGCUGAGAUUACCGCACGACAGGUUGAUGCAAGGCUACACCGGAUACAGGCCGGACACUGCGAAGGUGGUGCCGCUGCGCAAAACGGAACUUCCUGUCGUCCAUCCUAUGUUGACCACUAGUCAGGCAGUUACAAGGCGCUACGAGGAAGACUUUCAGUGUAGGCCGAUUCGCGACGCAAAUCGACGACAGAAUUAAAAUUAUAUAA